AUGCGGUUUGAUAGUCUGCGGACACGCAGCGUCAGUGCACGACGACCCGUCCAAGGAACUGAGCGUGAUACAAUCCGUCUACAUCGUGGCCAUAGUGUCAUGCCUGAAGCUUCGACUACUCCACUAUCACAUACAAUAAUGCGUCGUCCGAUGACACGACGUCAAUUAUUUCCCUCAUCAUCAUCCGACAACACAUCGGAACACUCCCACUCGGACUCAUCGGUACUUCCUCCUAUAGAUGAACUCUUUCCUCGAUCAGAAUUAGAUCCACGGAUGAAGAAACAUCUCGUACGUGUUGCUAAUGGCACAUCCAAUGCAUUAAUUAAGGAUACAUUAAUGCCUGAUGAACGAGGAAGUGUUCUCUGGCGUCCAGCUCAACGACCACGUGGUGCACCAAGUAAUAUUCAUGUAUUACGUGGUGCUGCAAGAGACGUGAGUGAAGCAAAGGAUGCAACAUGUGUUCGAGCAGUGAGUGAUGAUGUUCAUGCGAGUAUUGAAGAGUUUGCACUAUUGUUUAAACUUGAUUCAAGUCGAGAAGCAGCUGAUCAUUUACUAUUGUUUAAUGCCGAUUUGAUGCAACAUUCGACGCUCUAUACAUUAGUCUCACCCUCUGGACAACAACCACGGAGAUAUGUGGGCAUCAAGUGGGCACUUGUAGCUUCACCUUCCAGGUUCUUUCGAAACCGAGAUUUUUGUUACUUGGAAUGCCAGAAAGAAUUUACUGAUGCAAAAGGAAGACGUGGAUGGGUUCGAUCGCUUCAUUCGCUAAAGAUGCCGUGCUGUCCGUCAUUGGAGAAAGAACACGGCAUUGUGCGAGCGAGUAUAUACAGGUCGGGGCUAACAGCAGUGGAAACGGAUGACCCGGGAGUGCUUAGUGUGACUUAUACGGUAGAGCUAGAUUUAAAGGGUCGCAUGGCAUUGGAACUAUUGCAGCCUGGGUUUUUAGCGCAGCGCGUGGCGGCAUUGGCGUCGGUGGACAAGCUGUUGCAGCAGCAGAGACUAAGUAGUAGUCCGCUGCUGGGAGAUUUGGAUAUUCCCACGAAGAAACGCAUGCGUGGUAGCUGUAACUUAUGCUUCCGUCAAUUUGUGGCAUCCGGUGGUCUUAGGGAUACACUGGCGGCAAUCACUAACAUGUCGACUAGAUCGACGCGGUAUGUAUGCCGCAAGUGCGGUGAGGGUGUUUGUCGGCGAUGCAGUGACGACUGGUGGCUCGAUGUCCCAGUUGUAGGACGAACUAAGGUACGCAUCUGCACAGUGUGUUCUGCAGAGGCGAAACAGUCGCACAUCUCAGCGCACACGACUCGUGCAGGCACUUGUCCAAUUAGGUUGGCUGACAAAGCGCCUACAACGGAAGUGGAGGGUAUUACUCACCCAAAUUUGCUCACCGCACCUCCGCAGCGACGCUCAUUGUCAAUGUUGGAUCGAGCAAGUGAUGCCACAUCAUUUUUUGCGCAGCAGGAGGAAAUCAAGCGCGACCUGGAGCUGCGGGCCACGGAGCUAAACCAACGCGUUAAAGUCUGGGACGCAAUGCAAGUAUACGAUCGUGACUUCAGCUUGCAGCCAGACAAGCAGCAACCUGUGCAAAGUCAAGUAUCGCGUAAGCAACGAGAGCGUAAAAUGGAGCAGCGUGAGCGAAAAGUGGAGCAGCCUUUCAGUGUCAUUCUAUCAUCAAAGUUAGCUGUGCAAGAGGAAGUAAAAGAAGAACCGGAGGCAGGAAGAACGCCUCAGCACCAGCAGGUUCGAGAUGAUUCCUCGAGCAUGAGUGAGAGACCAAGUCGUCAACGGCGCCUUGAUUCGUGCCCUUCAUUUAUGUCAUCAGAAGUGAGUAGUAACCAAGAGCUCAGUGAUACCGAGAACGACGAUAUCACUCGGGUCACAGUUGAGGCCGGCGCACAACUGUCGUUGAACUACCGCGACAGUAGUUUUUCAGACUACGAAGAGCACACGAUUGAUGGCUUGGGUGAGAUCCGCACUACUACGGACGUUACCAGUUGGUGGCAAGACCAACAGCAGCGCAGUAGCGUGGUUGGCGAAGAGGAGCAGUAUGGUCUUGGAAAAACUCUUGUACUCAUUCCAUCACCGAGGAUGUCUGAGCGAGACGCGAGCGUUGUUGAGCAUGAAGGAAAAUCUAAAAUGUGCCAAAGACAGGGACAAGCUGCGCCAAUGGCAUCAGCUGAGAAGCAGGAGAUGGCUGACAUGUUUAACCACUGGAAGCAAGAGUCAACGGCCGAGAUUCAGCACCGUAAACACAGCAACAACUCCGAGCAGCAGCGCCAACUGGCAGAGUUUGAAGAGCAGGCGCAAUAUCAAGAGGAACAGGUGCGUCGUCGACAGCAAUCCGAUUUUGAGGAGAUGGCGCAGUAUCAGGAGGAACAGGCUCGGCGCCGACGACAGUCUCUUGGGCCUCCGGUUCUUCAACCUGAGUACAAUAACAAGUGCCAGCUUACCGCCUCGGCACUGCAGCAGAUUCAGCAGCACCAGAAAGAGUUGGCGCAUCUCCAUUGCAAUGGGCUGCAGCCGACUGAGAACGACCCACUUGUGGUCAGAGCACAGAGUAGUGUUCAGAUCUCACUCGAUUUGCAGUCCACUUUGGCCGUCAAAGAGCGGUACCUUCAAAAACAGCGGCAGCAGCAGCUUAAUGUGGCUGCUGAAAAGCAGUCUCGCAUCUACGCGAACGAAGAACUCGGCCAAUCUGCCGGAGAAGACGUUGAAUUGAUGGAAAGCUCACAAGGUGAGUGGGUUCCGAUUAACGAAGCACGCAUCAAGAAAGCAAACGCGAUGACAGGGGCUUUUUCUAAGGCAUGCUCGCCCCGUCAUGGCCCAGGACUGUGCAGUACUUGUGGGUCUCGUGAGUACAUGGGACAAAAUGGUAUGGUGAGACCUAGGUGCAAGUGCAGCGCUAAUCCAGCAUCCCCGACAACAAGUGCUUGA